CCCCACAUGACGACAGCGGGGUCCUUCCCAACUUUCCAGCGGUUACACUUACAUCCGAGCAACAUCCUCAUCUCACUACACGACGCUGCCCGAAAUACUGGCGUCCACUAUACUCUCCAUCAGCAAUCGUCGCCAUGGAUCCUCCACCAACCACACAACCCUCAGCUAGCCGAACCACCCAGCCGACAAGCUCCGUCAAGCUUGAGGAGCUCGACCCCUCUGUUCCGCACUACUUCAUCCCACCCGCGAAACGCAUCAACGAAGGGGGCGACGUGACCCACUUUCUAACCUCCAAGGCGUACCGGGACAUCGGCGUCUUCGUCCUCCAGCUCAAUCGCGCAUUAUGCCCCCGCAAGACGCAACCCCCGGCAGCCAGCGGCGAGCCCGCCCCGGCCCAACCGCCCCCGCGCCUAACGGCUCGCUCCGCCGGCGGGCACGCACGAACCUUCACGCUAAACGCACAGCGGCAGGACGCCCCUUCGGUGCAGAGGCUGCGGGAGCUACUCGAUCGGGUGGAGGCCGUGGUCGAGGAGGCGCCGCCGGAUUCGGGCCCGCGGAGGUUCGGAAAUAUCAGCUUUCGGAGGUGGCAUGCUCUGCUCGAGGAGCGCUCAGAGAGCCUGCUGAAGGAAUUCGUGGCGCCUGAGGUGCUGGGAUUUGGCCGCGGCGGCGAGGAGGAGGGAGGGGAUGGCCCGAUUGUGGAACUGAAGGCGUACUUCUUAGGCGCGUUUGGCAGCUCGCAAAGAAUGGACUACGGGACAGGGCACGAGGUGAGCUUCUUGGCCUUCUUAGGCUGUCUGUGGAAGCUCGGGGCCUUUAAAGACGGCGGUGAAGAUGGCGAGAUUGAGCGGAGCAUCGUGCUGGGAGUCAUUGAACGGUAUCUCAAGGUCGUCCGCCGUGUGAUCCUCACAUACACCCUCGAACCAGCUGGGUCUCAUGGUGUCUGGGGCCUCGACGACCAUUCGUUCAUUCCUUACAUCUUUGGCUCCGCACAGCUCACGCGACCUAUCUCGGAAGGCGAGCCCAUGCCCACCGAGGGCUCCGUCGCUGGCGCUCCCAAGCCCUCAGAUGUCGUCAAGUCCACGGCAGUCGACCUAAACCGCGGAGUCAACAUGUACUUCGGCGCCAUUGGUUUCAUCAAUGACGUCAAGAAAGGCCCGUUCUGGGAGCACAGCCCGAUCCUGUUCGAUAUCUCGGGCAUCAAAGAUGGCUGGGGCAAGAUCAACAAGGGCAUGAUCAAGAUGUUCAACGCGGAGGUCCUCUCCAAAUUUCCCGUGGUCCAGCAUUUCCCCUUCGGAUCCAUGUUUUCCUGGGAGACUGACCCGGAUGCGGCCGUGCCGAUACAGACGGUGCACAUGUCGAACCAGCCAAGCUCUGCCGCCGCGGGGGGUGCGAGGGCGAUGCAACCGCCGCAGCCAGGAGGGGCCGGAACAGCGGCCCCGUGGGCGCAGGCUGCCGGGAUGCCUGGCGGAGGCUUGGGAGGGCCAGGUAUCCCCUACUCCAGGGCCCCCUGGGCCGCGGCCGGGAGCAGCGCACCAGCCUCGUCCUCGCGCGGACCCCCCGAUACGGGACCGUCGCCACCGACGUCGUUCCCGAAGGGUCAGCCCGGGACGACGAGUGCCCAGCAUACGGUGACCAAGGCGCCGUGGGCAAAGUAGUGAAGGAGUCCAGGUUAGAAAAAAAGGCCAAAGGGUGUUUCUCGGCGUCUUUGUAUGUUUUCAUAGGUGUGGAGGCUCAAGUUAUAGUAUGAAUGAUACCCGAUAGACGUAAUCAAAAUCAGACAAGUCUCUCCCACUGAAAAUACCCGUCACGUUGACAAAGCUGGAGGAUGAGAG